GUUCAGAGGCAUAAUUGUGUAAAAACCUGAGCGAUAUUUUAUAAACGGACUGCAAAUCAACAAAUAGGAUAUUGAGAAGGCAACAUGGAGAAUAAAACUUUGUUUGUCUGUCUGUCUCAUACAAUUAACUAGUAACCAGAAUGUGUUGACUGUCAGCUUGCAGUUACAUACUUAAAAUACUAAUAGUAAGUAAAGAUGAGUUCACAAGAUUCCUUGACUAUCAGAUAGACUGACUAGUACCAUAAUUAUGAAUUAUGGGCUGACAAUUCAAAAUGAGUGAGAAGCAUUCUGGCAACCAGUUGUUGUCUUCUACCACCACUGAUUUAAAGACAGAAGUCAUUGGGAAGCCAGAUGGAAAACCAAGUCCUGUGAAUCAUCCAAACUUCAUUCCAGAUGCCAGCACAAAAUUUACAGAUCAGAAGUCGAAACCGAAAGCUUUCCUAACUGAAAGCAAGCCUCCUUCUGGACCGGCAGAUUCAAAUGGAAAUAAAUCUAAACCUCAGGUUCACAGAAGUGUUUCACAUGAACAUGGUCAUCAUCGGAGCGAAUCACAUGACUACAACAAGAAUCGGGGAUCGGUCGUGUCAUUUGGGUCAAAUGACAGCAAGACGUUCGACGAACAGGAAGUGGUUAUAUCGUAUCAGGAUGAGGCAGUAGAUAUUGAAGAGACUGGAGCGGGCUCCGGUAAAGAGGUUUCUGGUAGACUAGUGCUGAUUUCUAGCAAGAUGAGAAACACAGCGGCAAUAUUACGUGCAUUACAGACGAAUGUUGUUCUCGUGCAAUAUAAAUACUAUAACUCAACAUUGGAAAGCAUUUUAGAACUGGUGUCAAGAAGUUUAGGAGGUAGAAAAUGUUCAAGUAUUGCUUUGAUUCUGAGUUGUUCCGGUUUGUCUAUACAGUUGUGCGGGAAAGAGGAUAAGACACAAUUUAUAACUCGUCACACAAUAACUGAGAACGAGGCUGUACGGGACUUUUUCACGACUCUCGUCAAUAAAUAUGUGGACAAGUCAAACCCUAAUGCGAGGCUGGAUUUCCUUUCAUGUAAUUUGCUGUUACACACUGAUGGGGUGUCCAUUGAUAAAGAGAUAGAAAAUUGUGUAGGCAUUCCCGUAAGGUUGUAUAAAGACCUUGGAGGCACAGAAGUCAUUAUCACAAAUGGAGAAGAGCAGUCUAAAAGCUCUGUUGGUGAGCAGUACUUCAAGCUGGAGAAGUUACGAGGGUGGAGUGGUCAACAGCAACAGACUCUGGCUGGCUUUGAGAAAAUACAAACUGUAGGAAAAGGUGCAUAUGGUGCUGCUGUACUGUAUAAGAAAAAGGAUGAUGAUUCUUUGGUCAUUUUGAAAGAGAUCAACAUGCAUGAUCUUAAAGCAGCUGAACGACAGAUGGCACUAAAUGAGGUGAACAUUCUUGCCAUGUUAGAACAUCCUAACAUUAUCAGUUAUUUUGACUCAUUUGAAGAGGAUGGAGUAAUUAUGAUAGAAAUGGAAUAUGCUGAUGGAGGAACACUAGCUAAGUACCUCUCAAGUCUACAGAACCCUCUGGAGGAGAGAGAUCUCAUACUUAUGUUCCAGCAGAUGGUGGCAGCAAUUAGACAUAUACAUGAACACAAAAUCUUGCACAGAGAUCUGAAAACUGCCAAUAUAUUUCUUACCAAAGAAGGUGUGGUGAAAGUGGGAGAUUUUGGAAUUUCUAAGAUGAUGUCCACUGCCAAUAAAGGUGCUAACACAGUCCUGGGAACACCAUACUACAUUAGCCCGGAAAUGUGUGAAGGUAAACCAUACAAUGACAAAUCAGAUAUCUGGGCUCUGGGUUGUAUUCUGUAUGAGAUGGCAUGUCUACAGAAAACAUUCGAAGGGACCAACUUACCUGCUCUUGUCAACAAAAUCAUGAAGGGUCAGUUUGCACCUGUAAAGGGAAACUACUCUCAAGAGUUUAAAGAUUUGAUCAUGCUGAUGUUAUCACAAGAUCCAGAAAUCAGGCCUUCUGCUCAUGACCUGCUGUAUACUCAUAUACCAAAGUUGUUAGCAAACUAUGAAGAUGAAAACUCUACCGAUAAUGAGGAGGAACAAACUGCACAAGAUAAAAAAGAAAGAUCUAAGAAGAAAACAAGGGCAAUAUUGUAUUACUUUGACAGUGCAACAGCAGGGAUAACUCCUGUGGAGUUGAAUCCUAAAGUAAAAAUCAGGGCGACGGCAGUUGGGGCUGAUCAUGUGAUUGUUGUGACAACAGAAAGUCAAGUGUUCACAUGGGGAGAGGGGUCAAAAGGUCAGUUAGGACAUGGAGAUACAGUGUCACUUACUAAACCAAAAGCUGUUGAGGCCCUGACAGGAAAAUCCAUUACAAGGGCUUGCUGUGGUGAUGGAUUUAGCAUUUUUGCAAGUGAUAGAGGUAUAGUGCUGACAUGUGGGGAUGGAAGUAAGGGAUGUCUUGGACAUUCUGACUGGAGUGCUGUAUACAGACCAAGGCUUAUUGAGUCCUUGCUCAGUGUGGAUGUGAUAUCCGUUGCUUGUGGUCCCUCCCAUGUUGUUGUGGUAGGAAGUGAAGGAGAAAUAUUUGCCUGGGGACAAGGUGCUGAUGGAAGACUGGGUCUCGGAAAUGAAGAAAACCACUGCCAACCUAUGAAAGUUACCAUUUCUGAUCAAGAACUGAUUCGAGAGGUGUUCUGUGGGUAUGAUGGUACAAUGUUCCUGACAGACGAGAGAAUGAGGGUGUUUGCGUGUGGCAGUAACACAGAAAAUAAGCUAGGAUUAAACCAGAGGCAGGGAAUUCUAGGGGCCAUGAAAAAUAUCUUUAUAAGGACGGAAGUUGAAGGACAAAAAGUGCCUACGUCUGUUCGGUUACGUCAGCGUGUGAUAGAUAUCUCCAUGGGACGUCACCACACAGCCGUCAUAGUUGAACCAGGCCAUGUGUAUACAUUUGGUAGGAACACUGAGGGUCAGUUAGGAAUUGAGGGAACAAAACCAAACAAUGCACCAGUUCUUGUCAAAUCUAUGGAGGAGAAGUGUAUUGUGAGAGUACAAUGUGGGGAUCACUAUACUGUAGCAAGCACUGACCAGAACGAGAUCUACUACUGGGGUCUAAGGUUCAAAGACCCUUCAACCCAGUCUACAACUGAUGAACACGAUAGUCGCUCAAGCCUGACCGGCAGCCAUAAAGACGACAUGCGUGUGGAAUCUGUGACACCUAGAAAUGCGUCACAUUCCCGUCAGAUGAGUAACACAAGUGGUAUUAGCUUGUCGAGUUUAAAGGAUGCUAAUAGUGAUGAUGUAAGUAACACAGACAAGGACUCUGAAGGUCAGAAGAGUCCACAAAGACAAACAAGCCUAGAUAGCGGCUACACAGGAGACUUGAGUGGUGGUUCUGAAAUGGCAAUGAGAACCGGAUUUCGGCCACUAAGUAGUGUGCCAAGAAGAUCAACAAGUGCUAGUAGUAGAGAGAAUGCUAAAGAGAAAGAGAAGGAGACAGACAAUCUUCUGAAAGAUGACUCUGAGAUUAUAUUUCCUCCAGAUCAUUUGAUGAGGAUAAUACCAGGAGAGGAGAUGUUAACACUAAACUCAUUCUUCAGUCAUGGGGAAAACAUAUUUAUACAGCUAGAAACUACAGCUCCUCCUCCCAGGCGAAAAUCCCGGAAGAAAAGGGGAAUAAGAAAGAGAUAUAGUGGUUCUACUCUGCCAGUACCAAAUACCGGCACGGGGAGGUCAGCAUCAAGUCGGGAAGGUGGUGAUGAAUAUUCAUCAGAAACCUCAGAGAUGGACACACAGGGAACUGUGCCAACUUGGAUAAAAGAAGAACUUGCCAAUUCUAAGCCUGAAGAAUCUCAGGGUCUUAGCCCUGGGAUAGGGCUGACCCCUCCUGUGAUUGGGGAUGAUACAGACGGUAACCUUGCCGAUGACACUAGCGAACAGUCAGAUGAAGACAGAAAGCGAGCGACGAUAGAUACCUCCAUGUCUAGUAUUCAAAUCAACCGAGAUCUCACACCAUGUAAACUGCCGCCCGACAAAAACCUUACCCCCAGAAAUAGUGAUCUAGCACCCCCAGUAAAUAAGAACUCUCCACGGGAAGUGAGGGUUAGGUCUUUUUCUAAUAACAGCACAGAAAGUGAGGUAGACUUAUCUAACCAGUCAGAUGGCAGCAACAAGGAUCUGAAACUCACAAGUCGAUCUAAAACUGUGAUGCCAAUCAGUUCCAGACAGACAAGGCGGUAUCCUACUAGUCAGAUGUCUCGUGCAAAAAGUGCAUCAGCCAGUUCCCAGUGGGCACAUAAUAGAUUCAGACAAAAUAGAGGCUAUGCGGGGCAAGAUAUGGGUUUAAAGGAGCAGUUGAGUGCAAGAGGGUUUGUUUCUGAUGUCACUGUAAAAAGGAGAGAAGAAGCAUUAUUGGGAGAACUUCAUAUGACUAGAGAAGAGAAAAAGACGGCAGAGAAACGUAUACAGGAGUUAGAAAUGGAACAUUUACAGCGACAAGAGCAGUUUAGAAAUGAAGCCGAGCAACGAGCUUUGGAGAGAGAGAAAGCCCUCCAGACUCAGAUUGAGAUGUUGAGACAGGAGCUGAAAACUCAGACCUCACAGUUAAAGGACAAUCAGAAAGUUGUUAUGACAUUGCAGGAGGAGUUAUCAAAGGUACAAAAGAAGAAAAAUAAAUUAGGAUCAAGAAGUUUUGGAGGAACUUCAGACAGUAAAGUGUGUUCUUUGCAGUGAAGAAGUAAAAUGAUUGAAAUGAUUUUAUAUUGUACAUUGAUAAAUCUCUGAAUAAUUUAACACUUUGGUCAGUAAAGUUCUGAACAUGUUUGAUUUGUAAAGUGAUGAACACUGAUUUGUAAAGUGAUGAACACUUUAAUUUGUAAAGUAAUGAACACUUUGAUUUGAAAAGUGAUGAACACUUUGAUUUGUAAAGUGAUGAACACUUUGAUUUGUAAAGUGCUGUGCACUUACUCUUGUGAAAUUUCAUACAUUAAUUUGUAAAGUGCUAUACACUUUGAUUUAUAAAGUGCUAUGCACUUUGAUUUGUGGAGUACUAUACACUUUGAUCUGUAAUAUGAUGAACACUUUGAAUAGUGAAGUGGUCACUUUGAUUACACCAGUUUGUAAAGUGUUGUACAUUUUGAUUUGUUAAGUGCUUUACGUUUGAAUCUUUGAAUUGCUUAACACUUAGAUCUCUAAAGGGUUCUACACUUUUAUCUGUAAAGUGAUUAACACUUCAAUCAGAAUAGUGAUGAACUUUUUAAUCUGUAAAGUGAUUAACACUUCAGUCAGAAUAGUGAUGAACUUUUUGAUCUGUAAAGUGAUUAACACUUCAGUCAGAAUAGUGAUGAACUUUUUCAUCUGUAAAGUGAUUAAAACAUUGACUUCAGUCAGAAUAAUGAUGAACUUUUUGAUCUGUAAACUGAUUACUUUUUGGUCUGUGUAAAUUGAUUAACACUUAGAUUUAUAAUGUGAAAAACUUUUUUAUCUAUGAAAUGAUGAACACUUUGAUCUUAACUGUCAUACACUAAUUUAUUGGGAUAUACACAUUGACUUGUAAAGUGCUAUACUUAUACAAAAUAUUCUGUCCAGCAGAUACAUUUUAUUUAAAGAAUUAUUUUAUAUUUUUUAUUUGUAUAUAUUUCUUACCUUGUAUUAGAUAAAUGUGCAAUUCCUUAUUUUACCCUUGUAUGAUCACUUUUUGCUGUGAUAAUGUUAUGUUUGUAUGUUUUUUUUUUCACUGUGAACUUACGAAAAUAUCUUUAUUCAUUAUAUCAUCAUCCGUCCAUAUAAAAAUGCUCAAGUUAAUGGAACAUUCCAUUUUAAAAAAAAAUCAAGGUAAUAGGGUAAUCAGACAGUUCAUGUAAACAGGAUUAGAGUGAUUGAACAGUCCAUAUAAAAAAUUGAGUAAAGCAACAGUCCAUGUAAAAAGAUUAAGGAGGUAGAACAGUCCAGGUUUAAAAGAUUAAGGUAACGGAACAGUCCAUGUAAAUAAGCUAAGGUAAUGGAACAGUCCGUGUAAAAUAAUUAGUAGUGGAAUCGUAAUGAUAAACUGCUAGUUAUAUAUCCUCAGUAUGUGAUUAUAUGGAAAGUCACAGGUACUUUCAGGCAGAUCUACAUGUAUGUCUCAAGAAUGCUGAUUAAAUUUAGUAUUGAUUAUUUUAUUUAUAGAAUGUGCCUGGUUAUUUUUUCUAGAUUUUAGCAGCUUUAUUAAAAUGUAUAAUUAUUUAUUUAUUGUCACUGUUGAUGUACAGAAGGUGAUUUGAUUAAAAACUGUGAGAGGAAUGUCUUCCAAUAUCGGCAUGGAUUCAGUUCCUUCCGAUUGGCAAUUUUGGGAUUUACAGACUAUUCUCCGUCCACUUGCAGAUUUUAUUUUAAUGUGAAAGCGUUAUAUUGUUACUGAUAUCAUGUUUAUUUUAAAAAGUACACAGGAAAAAUAAUAUAUAUAUGUGAAAGUUCAAACCAGUAUUGUGCGAUUUUUAACCUUUAGCCUACCGGUGGUAAAUGAUUCUGCCUUUAUGACCAGUGCAGACCAAGAUCAGCCUGCACAUCCGUGCAGUCUGAUCAUGGUCUGCACUGUUCGCUACUCCGUAAAUGUUCAGUGAACAUUCCUUGAAAUGAUAAAUGUUACUGCCUUAAUUGAGGACCAAGCCGUUUUCGAAAUUUAGCAGGGUAAUGGUUAAUUGUUAAGUAUGUAUAGUCAAACUGGUUUGAAAAGUCACCUCUAUUAAGGAGCCACUCGUUUUUAACAACCACAAUUCCCAUUUCUAUGUAUCCCGCACAAAAACAUGCAUUAAGUAACAACCUGUCUUUAAAGGACACUUUUGCACAUUGAUUGGUUGCUUAAGACAGGUUUGACUGUAUUACUGGACAAGAAAAUUAGUUUGAUUUAUAUUUAUGGGAGACAAGAGGAAAAUAGUCAUAUUUAAAAUGCGAGAAUUCAAGUAGUACCUUGUAAUGUAGUAAUACAGUAAAUUUUAUUACCAGGCUUACAAAUGACUUCGAUUAUCGUGAAUCAGUUGGAACAUUAAACAGUCUGACUGUUACUGUAUUUUAGAAGCCUGCUUCCUUUACGAUUUAUAACAUAAAAACUGGCAAUUGUUAUUUUUUUAUGAUGCUCAGUCUUCAACUAAUAUUUUGUUAGUAGUAUUAAAAUACUCAUCCAUGACAAAUAAAAAAUAUUAAAACCU